AUGACCCCUCUGCGUAUUUCAUUUCUUGCGACCUUCCUUCUCUCUCUCUCUCAUAAUUUGAUAUACUUUUCUUUACAGGGGGCGAAGAUAACUAAAGCGUCGCACUUCAAUCAACCUUUCCAAUUGGGAGGUAAAAUCAACAUUUUAUGCAUCGCCGAUGGUAGCCCGAAGCCGACUAUUACCUGGUACAAGGAUGGGGCCGAGCUGGUGUACAAGUACAACAUUCACCUUCAAGAACAGACCGAACCUGACGGCAAACAGCGCAGCAGAAUCGAGAUCGAUCCUGCAACCGUUGGAGACCAGGGCGUUUAUUCAUGCGUUGUUCACAACAAGUAUGGCAGCAUGGUGAAAAACUUCAAAAGCGAAUACUUUUACUGA